AUGUGCGAGAGGAACCCCAGGGAGGGAACCUUCAGCCACCCCUUUGAGGUGCUGGACUUCAGCCUGAUCCCUAGAGUGGUUAUCGAUGAUGCCACAUCGACUUGGGUGAAGGUCUGCAGUGGAGGGUCUCUGGGAUCCAGGCUCCUUACAAGCUGUCACUUUUCAUUGGAGGAAACUAAGGCCCAGCCAGGAGCUGUCCAAGGUCUAAUUUCCUCGGGCUGCCUUUGUGGAUCGGACCCCAGGAGGCAUUCUAGACCCUGUCUGCUGAUGAUGGAGGAAGAAGAUGAGGAUGAAGCCUGGCUGCAACUCCGACCGACUGAGCCUUUGCCAACCCAGUGCUGCGGUGGCGGCUGCAACCCCUGCAUAUUUGACAUCUAUCACCAGCAGCUCUCUCAAUGGAAAGAAGCCUGGCUCAAGAAAGACAAGAGUCUCCUGUGGAGAAAGAAGGAAGAGAGCCAACCGUUGGAGCUGAGCACGGAGACGUUUCAGGCGUUCAGCAUCAGCGCCGUGGAGUGGCUGACCAAGGACACCUGCCAGGUCCGAUUCGCACUGCCUGAGAAUCGGCAGCUGGGGCUGAGCCUGGGACAGCACCUCAUCUUACGGGGGACCGUGGAUGGCCUGGACAUCCAGAGAGCCUACACACCCAUCAGCCACAGGAAGGCCCAGGGCUAUUUUGAAGUUUUAAUUAAGAAAAUGGGGGGGCCGCCAGGCUGGCGCAGUGAAGAGGGAGCAGGAAGAUCCAUCUUCCUGAGUUCAGAUCUGACCUCAGCCGCCUGCAGCUGUGUGAGCCUGGGCCAGUCAUGGAACCCUGCUGGCCUGUUUCCCCAUCUGCCCCAUGAGCUGGAACAGCCAACAGCGACCCCUCUAAUGUGUCUGCCAAGAGAACCCCAAUGCUAUGAGAAAGGGCUGAUGUCCCAGUACGUCAAGGCUUGGAAAGUUGGUGAUGUGGCAUUCUGGCGAGGACCUUUUGGGGGCUUCCCCUACCGACCAAACCAGUAUGGCGAGCUCCUCAUGCUGGCUGCAGGCACUGGCCUGGCGCCCAUGCUGCCCAUCCUGAGGGACAUCACAGAUGACGAAAAGGAUGAGACGUUUGUCACCUUGGUUGGCUGCUUCAAGACCUUCGAGGACAUCUACCUGAAGCCCCUCCUUCAGGACCUGGCUCGCUACUGGAAUGUUCGAACCUUCUUUGUACUCAGUCAGGAAGAUUCCCUGGACAAGCUCCCUGCCAGUUACCGGGAGAGGACCCGCCUGGGCCGCCUGGGCCCGGCCUGGGUCCGGGAGCUGGUCGCCUCGAGCCGGAGGAAGCCCUUCGCCCUGGUCUGCGGCCCGGCCCACUUCAGCCAAGACAUGGCCCUGGGCCUGCAGGGGGCCGGGCUGGCCCAGGACUCCCUCUUCUUGUUCUAGCCUCGACGCUUAGCCCGAGGCGGACGGUGCUGCCCUAGAGCCCAGGAAAGGAGCCCCCGGAGUGGGACUGACGCUAAGCCAGCUCCCCCCUCACCCCUCCAAAGAGGAGACCCAGCUCCCCUUGCAGACCUGCCUGGACGGGGAGCUCACCCCCUCUGAGGCCGCCCAUGGCCCCAGGACAGUUCCAGGUUUUAGAAGAUUCUUCCUGACUCCGAGCUGAAAUCUGCCUCCACCCAGCUUCCCCCCAUGGGCUGCCUUUGCCCUUUGGGUCCUCAGGAUGACUCUCCUGGGACUUGGAGGCUUCUUGUCCUAAGCUAAGCUGCCCGCGUCGGUGCCCAGCGCUCCUAGUUCUGCCUCCAGGACCGGGGAGGCAUGGCAGGGGCCGUCUCGUCCCACUGCUGGUCCCUGAACGGGACUCCCAGUGCCUCUGGCGAGCCGUCAUCGUGCCGCCGAGAACUCCUGGUGACAGAGAGCUUUUGGUCUCCUUCUGCUCCUUGUUUCUCAUUAUGGCCGCCGGCACCGGUGAGGGAGCCUCAGCGUCCUGGGGACCCGGUGGGGAGGGGGAAGGGAAAGACAAGCGUCCCACUCCAUGGCGCCUCUUCAGAGCUCCUCAGGCUCUACCUUCUGCACUGCCCCAGCGGAGGGCUCUUGGCGCCCAAGAUGGGCCCUGUGUGCCAGGAUGGAAGGAGGUCAUAAAAGCCUUGUCACAAUUCUCAUCAUGAAAUAAAGUUUUCUCACCAGA